ACACUUAUUUUUAUGACCUAGUGCCGUACGCCAUUAUUGUUCGUUUGUUGGUGGGCGAGGUUGUUGUCAAAAUGGGAAAGCAUAAGUUCAAGACACGUUGUUAUUUAGAUAUAAAAAUUGAUUCGCAGCCAGUUGGUCGUAUAGUUUUCGAAUUGUUCAAUGAUAUCUGCCCAAAAGCUGCUGAGAAUUUUAAAAAGUUGUGUCAAGGUGUUUGUGGCUUAGGUCUGAAGACAGGGAAGCCAUUAACUUACCAAGGAAGCGUCUUUCAUCGAGUUAUAAAGGGUUUUAUGGUACAAGGUGGUGAUUUCAGUAAUAAGGAUGGAACUGGAGGGGAAUCAAUAUACGGUGGCACUUUUGCUGAUGAAUGCCUUACAACCGAGCAUGACCGGCCGUUUUUGCUUUCUAUGGCAAACAGAGGGCCUAACACUAAUGGCUCUCAAUUCUUCAUUACGACUGCUCCUGCUCCCCACCUGAAUGGAAAACAUGUGGUGUUCGGACAUGUUAUAUCAGGAGAGGAUGUUGUCAGGAAGAUCGAAGCUGUUCCAAUAUCUGACACUAAAGCCCACCGCCCAGUAAAGUCGAUUGUAAUUGAGUCUUGCGGUGAACUUAUUCCAGUUAAGAAAAGCAAGGUAAUAGGCGAGGAAAAGAAGUCGAAAAAAGCCAAGAAGGCAAAGAAGAAAAAACGGAAAUUAAGUGAAGGUGAGGAGUUUUCUGAUAGUGAAAGUGGCAUGGAUAAUGAAUGCAGUGUCCGCAAAGAAGAAAUACCAGAAGUACCGCCACCGAAAUUUCUGUAUCGUGGGAACUACGAAGAGGAUCAGCUAGAACAUCAAAAGAAAAUGAAUCUUAGUCCAAGUAUUUCAGCACGCAUCACUAAUUAUUCAGUUGAAUCCAGACACGAUAUAGACGGCCGCGAAAGUGCUCGUAGUCGGUACCAAGAGGAUCGUUCAGGUCGAGUAGUCAAAGGGCGCGGACGAAUCUGUUACCAGAGCCCAAAUUCUCGUUCAGGAAGUCCUGGACGCAGCACCACCCCACCGCACUGGCGCCAAGCAAGUUCUCAUACCCAGAGAUUAGAUCAAGAUGAAUGGAAACAAUGGAGUGAACGAAGAAAUCACGAACAAAUAAACAACUUACAGAGAAGGGUAUCGUCAUCCCGCUCAUCACGUGGAAGUAGGCAGGAUCCGCUGUCUCCAUCUAUAGCUGCUAGUCGUAAUAGAAACCCAAGUGCUUCGCCAUCAUCUGUUGUUAUAGCCAACACGGGUGUUUCUGGUAGUCUAAGAGAUAUUGAUUCUCCCGAGAAAGGAUUUUCAAUGGACCAACGAGAUGGUCAUAAACAACGUUCUCCCAGUCAUUCACCAUCACUAGAUCAUCGAGUAUUAGUAAAUGAUUCCAAGGUAGUGGAAAAUGGUUCCUCACCAACACAAAAUAAUCUGUCACCGGUCUCAAUUGGACCGAAAAAGUUUUAUACCGAGUUCGAGGGUAAACCCGAUGAUUCGAGUGACAGGCGUUAUGUUAGAUCUCCCGAAGAUAUACGUCAGACGUCCGUGUCUGAGGAUUUAUUUGGUAAAGACCGGCGUGCAAACCAACGUUUAUCAGAAAUAGACGAUGAAUAUAUGGUAGAUAUCGAUGAAGAUGCUAAGUUUAAAACUCUUCCGACCACUACUCAUGAACAGUCUCCAAAACUCUCUAAAUUUUCAGAAUAUUCGACCAUUAAGCCAAAUGACGUAUCCAAGAGAGACUUAGGUGACUCGCCCAAAGUGUAUCAUGCCAAUCAGUCCCCUAGGAAGUGUUCUGGAUCUCCAAAUUUAAAAUCCCCACAACAGAUACUUAUCUCCCCAGUUAAUUCAUGUGCUUCUGGUCAACAGCAAAAAUAUCAAUCUAAAUCCCCUGUUCUUAUGCUUUCACCGAAGCUUCCUACAUCUUUUGAAAAUCAGGCUCCUAUUGACCAACCUAUUAUAAUUUCACCAUCUCGUAUCCCUUACCCAUCCCCUCUGUCAGGUUCCGGUUCCAAUAAUCGGAUGCCAUCACCACCCUGUGAGAAUGCCCGCAUAUCUUCACCUCCGGAUCUCUCAAAUCGAAACCAAGUUUCUCAUGAACUCUCUAGAAUACCAACACCACCACAACCAGAUAACAAAGAACAGGGUAAAGUGUUUUCAGAAGAAACAGACCUACAUAAACUGGAGGAGAUUCCGUCACCUGAAAAACCUAGGAAACAACCCUCACCCUCACAUUCAGACAAACAAUUAAAAGUGACUCGUGGCUCCCGUUCUGCUUCCCGAAGUUCUACGUUAGGUUCUAGAUCAAAUUCUAGUUGUGAAUCUGACAGCUCUAGGUCUUGUUCUCGUUCACACUCCCAAACAAGCCCCAAAAAACGACGCCGACGAACCCCUCGUAGUCCUCCACCUCAUCUUGUUGAGAAGUGGAAAAUGCGUCGUGAAAUGCUAAACCAGAAGCGCCGCGUCGUACCACCGUCUGUAGCAGCUUAUGCACCGUCUGGAUCAUCGGAAGAUCGUCUUCGUGGCAUCGAAAGACGUCAUUUAUCGGGAAGAAGUACCCACAUACAUUCUCGAUCACCAUCACGUUCCAUCCCAAGCCGUCGACGGAGUCGAUCUUCAAGUUCACGCUCUAAAUCGGGCUCAUACACACAUAGCCGUACGAAGUUAAAUAUUAGACGUGGUUCUCCUGAAGCAGAAAGUCUUCGCAGUCGAAGAAGAAGUCCAAGUCGCGACAGAAAGACAUCGCGUUCAAGAUCACAUAGCCACUCGCCUCCAAAAAGUUUUGGGUUGAAGCACAGAGGUACUUCACCAAGUAAACCUAUCAUAGUAAUAACUAAGAAAAGUCAGACUACACAAAAACCCACGAAAAUUGUUACAGAAGAUCCAUCCACUGAAAAUGCUGUUACAACCAGUAAGUGGGAGAAUUCUCCUCAAAUCCUAGAGAAAAAUACAAAUCCACAUCUAGGUCCAUGGACUAACAAACAUUGGGAAACAGGCGAUAAGGUUGAACUUAAUGAGUCUGUAAACAAAGACGAGAAAAAAUUAACCACUGCAAAAACUCAAGGUCCAAAUAGUAUUUCAAUUCUACAGAGACUUCGUGUAAUACAAGAGGAUUCUUCUAAGAAUGAAGUACAUUUAAAUAAAGAUGAAAAUUCUCCCGCUGCUGUCAUUGAUAAUAAGGAAAAACUAGAAAACUCAGUUGCUGCUUCUAAUGAAACUUCGUCAAUCCCAACCGUGCCAACUAUGAUCAAACCCCAAGUUCCUCCAAUAUCUAAAAAUCAAGUCAAAAAACCAGCUGCAAUCAGAGGAAGGUCUCAUUCAUCCAGUUCUAGUUCUGCUUCUUCAUCUUCCUCAUCCGGAUCCUCUUCAAGAAGUUCCAGCCGACCUAAGCGUUCUCGUAAAAGAUGUCGGUCCAUAAGCCCAUCGGCACGCAAAAUGCAAAGGAGUGACUUUUCGGACUCCAGAAGCAGGGGUAGGGGUAGUCGUGGACGCUACUCUCCAGUUAGUCGUUCAUAUUAUACAAGAUCACGUUCUCGUUCGUUUUCAACAAGAGCUUCGACAAAUUGGGGCACACGUACCAGCUAUCCGAGUCGUAAUCGUUCUUGGUCUAGGUCUCGUUCCAGAUCGUUUUCCAGGGACUCUCGAUCUCAUAGCUCGAGUGCUCGUCGUCAUAAACGUCGUCACAGGAGAACACGUCGUGGGAGGAACUCUAGUCGUAGUUGGUCAUCAUCAAGAAGUUCUAGUAGAUCUAUAAGACGGCGCUAACUGUAAUAUUCUCAUAUGAAAACGCCUUGUUCAGUCCUUUGUUUUAAAUGUAUUUAUUCAUGAUAUAAAUAUGUGUUUUUAGUUCAUUUUU